AUCAUAACAUAUAAUGCACUUAGACAAGUAUUAAUAAAUAAUUGUUGGAUGCGUCAUAUUUUAAUUAAAAAAAGAAGUAGAAUGUCAUUGUGACAAAAUUUCGUAAUCAGUUCAUGUACGUACAGUAAAAAUGUGUCACUAUUAAUAAACAAUGGCAAAUUAGCUUUAAUGUUCUUGAUGGAAUUUAUAAUCACUUGACAUUAUUUUUAUAAUUCAUUUUAUCAAGACAAAUAUAUAUAUGUAAAUCAAUUGAUUUAUUAGAAUUAUCUCAGGAAUUUAAUAUCCUUUUAUUAGAUACUGCAUUUAUAAAUAAUACGAAAACACAAUGAAUAAAACUGGGCCACCACCUCCACCCUACGAGCCACCUCCAUAUGCACCGCCUGGAUAUUCACAAACAAUGGGUGGUGUUCCACCUGCUAGUCCUUUUACACCUGCUGAAACUUAUACAAAUGGACCAACUAUAGUAACAACGAUUGUUGCACUUGGACCAGGAUCCACUCAUACAAUUUGUCCACAUUGCCAUGCAGAAAUUGACACUACAACAAAAACAGAACCUGGCUUGAUUGCUUAUAUAUCUGGUGUUGUAAUUGCAUUAAUGGGAUGCUGGUUGGGAUGCUGUUUAAUACCUUGUUGCAUCGAUGAAUGUAUGGAUGUUCAUCACAGUUGCCCUAACUGUAAAGCUUAUUUAGGACGUUACAGGAGAUAAAGCAACAUGAUAUAUUGAUGCUUAUUGCAUUUCACUUCAAAGUCGUUUGAAAAUUACAUUAUAUUCCAAUAUAUAUAUAUAUAUUUUUAACUUUUAUGCAUUGAAACAUGUUUCUAAUGUUUGAGAUAUAAACGAGCAGCUUUAAACAUUUUCACGUGAAAAUUUAUAACCAGUACAAUGCACAAAGCAAGAUUGCACAUAUUAAAAUUUUGGAUCACUUUUGUCAAAAGAAUUGCUAACUAAAAUAUAUGCUAGAUAAAUCGAGAUAUUAAACUGAAAAAGUUCCUAAAAAUUAAUUUAAUAUGUUUUAGAACUUUUUCAUUUGAAAAAAUAUAAAAUAGUUGAGCUGAAUGUACAAACAAGUACAAACGUUAUUGUUAAUUUUAUUUGCAACAAAAGUAUUUUUUGCAAUAUAUAGCAUUCCUGCUAUGUAUAUAAAAGUUGUAUACAAUAUGACUUCAUUUUACUAACAUUAAUAUUAACAGCAAUUACUACUUACAAGUAUUAUUAAAGAUCUAUUUUUUAAAAUGAUUAAACUAAUGUACUCAAUUUGUAUUUGUUUUUAGGGAGUUUAAUUUAAUAAAUGUUAACAAUAUAAUGUUAAAAACUACUAUUUUUUGGAGAUAAUAUGCACUACUGUUUUCUUAUAAUGAUUAUAUAAA